AGGGUAUAAAACCCGCGCGUGCACACCAUCACCUCACAGCGGGCCAGAACCAAACACCUCCACUCCACUCCACAACACGACCCGCACCCGCACAGAAAUGGAUGACGAAAUCGCUGCCCUGGUUGUGGACAAUGGCUCCGGCAUGUGCAAGGCCGGCUUCGCUGGUGACGACGCCCCCCGCGCCGUCUUCCCCUCCAUCGUGGGUCGCCCCAGACAUCAGGGUGUGAUGGUGGGCAUGGGACAGAAGGACAGCUACGUGGGAGACGAAGCCCAGAGCAAGAGGGGCAUCCUGACCCUGAAGUACCCCAUCGAGCACGGCAUCGUCACCAACUGGGAUGACAUGGAGAAGAUCUGGCAUCACACCUUCUACAACGAGCUCCGUGUGGCCCCCGAGGAGCAUCCGGUCCUGCUGACCGAAGCUCCACUCAACCCCAAGGCCAACAGGGAGAAGAUGACCCAGAUCAUGUUCGAGACCUUCAACUGUCCUGCCAUGUACGUGGCCAUCCAGGCCGUGCUGUCCCUGUACGCUUCCGGUCGUACCACAGGUAUUGUGAUGGACUCUGGUGACGGCGUCAGCCACACCGUGCCGAUCUACGAGGGUUACGCUCUUCCCCACGCCAUCCUCCGUCUGGAUCUGGCUGGCAGAGAUCUGACCGACUAUCUGAUGAAGAUCCUCACUGAGAGGGGCUACAGCUUCACCACCACAGCCGAGCGUGAGAUCGUGCGAGACGUCAAGGAGAAGCUGUGCUACGUGGGUCUGGACUUCGAGCAGGAGAUGCAGACGGCAGCCUCCUCUUCCUCGCUAGAGAAGAGCUACGAGCUUCCUGACGGACAGGUCAUCACCAUCGGCAACGAGAGGUUCCGCUGCCCUGAGGCGCUGUUCCAGCCUUCCUUCCUUGGAAUGGAGUCAUGUGGCAUCCACGAAACGACCUACAACAGCAUCAUGAAGUGCGACGUGGACAUCCGUAAGGACCUGUACGCCAACACCGUCCUAUCAGGUGGUACCACCAUGUACCCCGGCAUCGCCGACCGCAUGCAGAAGGAGAUCACCGCCCUGGCCCCACCCACCAUGAAAAUCAAGAUCAUCGCUCCCCCAGAGAGGAAGUAUUCCGUCUGGAUCGGCGGCUCCAUCCUGGCCUCCCUCUCCACCUUCCAGCAGAUGUGGAUCAGCAAGCAGGAGUACGACGAGUCCGGCCCGGCCAUCGUCCACCGCAAGUGCUUCUAGAGGUCCAGUCCGCCGUCUCUCCGCCCACGGGCCGCUCGGUGGUUCUGUCCAACUGGAGCGGUCUUGUCUUGUGAACAGACUAAAAGAUGCGAGAUGCCACACAGAAGACGAGAUUUGAGCGUCUGUCGAUGUUUUCAAGUCUCUGAACCUCUUGUGCUUCUGGCUCUGCUCACAGCUUUCACAACUUCUGGUGAUGCAACACAGCUUUAUCACUGAGCAUCUCUUGCUACCUCUACCGUUGAAUGAUGUAAGUUGUACAUCCACAUUCUUUCAACUGCCAGAGUGGCGCCGUAUCAAUAUUCCACUGAUCAAUAAAACUCAUGAAAACAUU